GACGCGUCGCAGGAGUGGAGGAAGCAAAAUUAAUUGAUUUCCCCUUUAUUCUUUUGCUGAGUUGGUAAAUUCAUCGCGUAUUGUUCUUGGUAGAAGAAUAGUAUUACUUAUUUGCUGCAGACAUGACUGCCCACGAUCAAAUGAGGGCGAUGCUAGAUCAAUUAAUGGGCACGGGAAGGAAUGGAGAGAACAAUCGUUAUCAAGUAAAGUUUUCUGAUCCAAAAGUCUGCAAGAGCUUUUUACUGGCUUGCUGUCCUCAUGAGAUCUUAUCCUCUACACGCAUGGACUUGGGUGAGUGUCCUAAGAUUCACGAUCUCGCCCUCAGAGCUGACUUUGAGCAAGCCAGUCGGGCGAGGGACUACUUCUACGACAUUGAUGCGAUGGAGCACCUCCAGGCAUUCAUCAGUGACUGUGACAAGCGGACGGAGCAAGCUAAGCAGAGACUACUGGAAACACAGGAGGAGUUAAGUGCUGAGGUGGCCGUCAAGGCUAACCAUGUACACGAGCUGGCUGAGGAGAUUGGAAAGAAGUUGGCACGAGCUGAGCAACUCGGAGAGGAAGGCUUCGUGGAGGAGAGUCUCAAGUUGAUGGGGGAGAUUGAAGAGCUCCGUAAGAAGAAAGCCGAAGCGGAAGACGUUUACCGCAACUCCAUGCCGGCCAGCAGCUACCAGCAACAGAAGCUGCGUGUGUGUGAGGUGUGUUCCGCGUACCUUGGAAUACACGACAACGACAGGCGGCUUGCCGACCACUUCGGUGGCAAACUACACUUGGGUUUCAUCAAGAUCCGGGAGAAACUAGCCGAUCUGGAGCGAACUGUGGAAGAGCGAAGGCAGCAGCGCAGAUCUGAAAAGGAUUAUGAUCGGGACGACAGAGACAGAAGCCGAGAGCGAGAAAGGUACCGUGAACGCAGCCGUGAUCGUUCCCGCAGCCGCAGACGCAGGAGCCGGUCACGCUCACGCAGCAAGUCUCGUCACUCAAGCAGGUCUAGAAGCACGUCUAGGGGCCGACAUUCACGCUCCAGGUCUGACCGUUCUAGGUCACGUGAUCGCCGUCGUCGUGAUCGCAAGCGAGAACAACGUGACAGAGAUCGCGAGGAUUCAAACAGCCGCGACAGGGAUUGAACUAGCAAGAAGUAGCAAGAUCUGUCAUGAGCUACUUUAACUUUGUAUUAAAUUUUAUCAGUGUUGACUGUCGACUUGAUUUACGUGAUUUUCUGGUUCUAUGUGCAAGCAGGACUUUAAUAGUUUGUUUUUUAUUCCAUCACUUACGAAUGAGUUUGUUCCUCUUUGUAGAUUUUCCAUUAAAUUCCCAAUGUAUACUUGAAGUACAUUUAUUGUUAGUAUUAGGUGAAUAUAUUUGUUUAUUAGGUCA